CAGAGACUCUGAAGGGGAAGCAGGGACAGGAACCCACUGGAGAUCUGAGCCUUUAGAGUCUGGAUCUGUGUCAGGGAGGAGUUUUCGUUCUUCCAUACUACAUGGCCACCGUCGCCCGUUGCGCACCUCUCCCCGCCGCACAGAGCGCACUUGUUGCGGAUCCGCAGUUUCAGCAAAGCGUGCAGUGGAGCCACACUUUAGUCCAAAAGAUCCUGCUCUCCAUCCCCGAAACGCACAAAUCCUGCAUUCACACAGAGACACUACGACUGAAUUCAACAGAAAAUGCAAAGCUUCAGCUUAUGGCAUCAAGCAUUGGAAUCCGCUCUGCACCUGCACUGAGGGUUGUGUCAGAGGACUUCACUGUGGAGACCGGUUUGACCCGGAUGUCUGAGGGUCUUCAGCUGCACCGAGACCUGCUGGCGUCUGUCUCACCUCGGCUCACUAACACGGGCAAAGUGGACGAGUUAAUGGGCGACAUCAAAGACCUGGUGGUUCAUGUCAACAAGAUGCUGAAAAUGGUCCGAACUGAAGUUACAGCCCAGCCCACUCCCACUCCUGUGAAUUUGCAAAUGCCAGGGGAAUAUGAAGUUCAGGUAGCGGCCCACCUCACUCUGGUUCAGCUCCAGACGUUUGGCCAGGAUAUGGUGCGCAGCUUGAGGAGCAUGGAACAGAACGAAGACAAGGAGGCAGAUGGCUGACCAGUAACGGACUGAGCUGUUUUACAUUUUUGGGGGUGUGUACAUGCUUUGUCGUGACGACAGGGUGGACAGAGUAGACAGACAGGAAGGACGGGGUUUGGAAAGAGGGGAUGACAUGGAGCAGACCUGAGAAGGGAUCAAAACCAGGUCUCACCAAGCCCACCGGGACACCCACAGUCUGCUUUGGACAUGUCGAAAGUACCUCAUUGGCUUGUUAUUAUUAUUAUUUUUUAACAUCUAUUUAUUAACAUGGCAUCUAUUUAUUAAUUUCGUUUAAACAGGUUUAAUAUUUAUGUAUUUAUUUAAAUAUUUAUUUAGGGUGACCGUUAGUGAUAAAGUUCAAUGUCUUCAACUCUGGCAACUUGUGUUUUAGCAAAGGUCUGCCAAAUUAUUGUUUUGCUUUUUUUUAUGUUUAUUUUAUAGAACUACAAUGUAUUUAAUUGUCACAUUAAUAAGUGGUAUGUACAGUAGCCCUGAGGGUCAAAACACAACAUUACAGAUGAUAAAACUUGUCAAGGUCAUGUAUUGUUUCUAAAAUGUUGUUCUGUGGAAUGUUUUGACCUUCAGGGGCCACCGUACAUGAAUGUAACAAAAUUGUCCAAAGUGUAAACAUUUGUUUUUUCAUAUUUCCGUUUUGGUAUAUUAUUUUUCUAUGAAAUGUGCAGAUUAUUUUCUCUUCCCUCAGUCAAUAAAAAGACUUUUCCCCCAGUACAGUACAGGUCUUUUUGUGGGUCUUUCUCGGGUCACACUGAUGCAUGACUUUGUACAUCAUUCAUGCAUCUCAUGAAUGAAAUCAUUCCUGAAAUUCCA